UUCAGUCGCUACGUGAAACUCGCCGCAACCACAACAGAAACGCGCGUAAAAACCGAGCCAAACUCCGUGUUAAAAUAAAAACAAGGCAGGCAUAUGAUCAAAUAUUGGAAAUACAAGAAAAUAAUUAAUUGUUAUUAAUUGUGUGUGCAAAUAGGCUGUCAAUAAAAAGUAAAGUGCGCGCAAAAGUAGAAAGUUUAAUUUAUAAAUCUCAUUCAAAAUGCCGAAGCCACUCGUUAACUCCUGCUGCAUGUGCCAGUCGACACGCAAUGGCUCUGUUAUAUCCGGAGUCCUGGCCAUUGUGCUAUCCAUAAUCACGAUAAUAGUGAUAUUCACAACACGUGUGCAUUUCAAGACAAUUAUCUUCGAUUUUAUACCAAAUGAUAUAGUAAAAAUCAUACUGGUGAUAAAUCUAUGCAUGACAAUAUUAAUUUCAUUGCUAAUGAUCGCUGGCGUUCUUAAACGCAAUCAUUACCUGAUGGUUCCUUGGGUGGUGCUGGGCAUAAUGAUUGCCAUUGGCCUGCUGAUAUCUGUAAUAUACACGGGCGUCGUCUUCUUCAUCGAUGGUUUUGUACUUACGGGCGUUCUGUGGCUGAUCUUCGGCCUGAUUUGUUGUGCGGUGCUCACAUAUUGUUGGUGCGUCGUUUAUAGCGAAUACGCAAAUCUAGCCGAGGAAAGCGAACGUGGACGUUACAACAAGCAGCCCUAUCGUCGUUGAUUCCCAGGUCGCACCAUCCAGUCACGGCUGAUACACCAUAUGCAUCUUAUCUGUUAGUAGAUAAUACUAAAACUGCUUAUGUUCGUAAUUAGCUCAUAUGUUUAACUAAUAAUUUUAAUUUAAUUAUUUAAAAAUGCGUGCCCAAUUUGGCAUAUACGAAUACAUAUAGCUUAAGUAAAUAAAAUGUAUGGGGCCCGUAGUAAGUGCAAUCGAAUUACUUAACAUUU